ACAUCACUGCAUGCUACAUUUGUAGAUACUACUCUGCAUAAUUGUUCUGUAUAACAUUGCCUUGAUAUUCUUGCUACAAUGUUGUCAGUCAGGCGAUUGUUGAGCAGUAGAACGUGUGGCGCGGCUGUUCGUAGUCUUCAUGCUACGUCUUCUGUCCGUAAGGAUAUCUUGACUGUCGAGGAGUUUGAAUCAUCUGUCAUAAAAUCCACGAAGCCUGUUGUGGUUGACUUCCACGCACCGUGGUGCAUGCCGUGUAAGCAGUUUGCUCCCGUGCUUGAGUCGGUGAUCAGCGAGACUGAGGGCGAAGCAGAGCUGGUCAAGGUCGACAUUGAUGAGCUGGGCGAGCUUGCCAUCGAGCACAACGUGUCGUCGAUUCCCAAUGUGGUCCUGUUCAGCAACGGAAAGGAAUUCUCUCGAACCAUCGGUGCUGUUUCGAAAGAGAACAUUUCCGCCGCUAUUGAGAAGCUGAUCAAUUCACACAAGUCACAGUGAAGGCCAAACAUACGAUUUAGUCUUCUUGUCUCUUUCUUGCUUGUGGCUUCUUUUGUCAACAAGCUAUACCCCAGUUUUAAGCGAAACACACAGUCAUCAAAAACUUCAUCUUCAUAAUAAUUAUUCAAUGGAAAAACUAACUUUCAUGAAAAUUCA